AUGCGUUACACACGACAAGCCCCGGCUGACGGCACGACGAGCUGCUGUUUGGCUCGUUGGCCGCCACCCGCCAUUCGUUGUCCUGUAGAUUUUCGCUUCUCUUGUGUGUUCUUUGCUGUUGACGCGGCCAAACGCCUCCACCAAGUACACCACGUUAGCAGUGGGGAGAUUGUCUAUUGUGCGUCGUGCACUCGUGCGUGUGAGUGUACGAAAGUAUUAUUAUCAUCGGUCACCUCAAACACGAGCGGAUCUAUUAUAGAUAGUCGAUUUUUCGCGUUAUUUGGAUCGCCUACCACUGAAGCCAGUCUCGUUACUGUGGACGCGUAUUCUCAGCGUUCGCAAAGGUGAGUAAUCGAGCCGCGGACUGGCAUUCCGCCACCAAGAAUGUUAUUCACCAACGGUGUGUGUUUAGCUACUUGGUUUUUUUUUCGUAUGAUUGCUCACCAGCAGCCGUCGGAUUGGUACCACUAUGUUACUCCUCGUACCAGCCAACCACUAUGUCGGUUAUAUUAUCGUCUAUAAUAAUUGAUUAUAUGGUUUUUACCAAAUUUAAAUAAUAUAACACGCAUACCUAAUGAUUGGGUACAGACGGUAUAGUAAAAUAGGUACAUAAUAUUAUACGGUUAUAUUGUGUUUAUCUAGGACGCUCUGCGUAUAUUAUCGACUUUUCGGGCGAUUAUCACUAAAUCGUGUUCUAUAUUAUAGUAUAAUACUUGGUACGACAACAGGUCAACGGUGUGAACAUUAUCAUAAUAUUUAUGACGUGCAUAUUUAUGUGUGUGUGUGUGUGCCUAUUUUCUGUAAUAUAUUAUUACGACCACUUGGAAAUAAUAAUAAUACGAAAGUGGUCGCGGUUGACUGAAUCUCAGACUCCCAGCAGGUAGUGAAUAUGCGAUCUCCUCAUUAUAUGAACAUACAAUAUAUCCAAGUAUAAUGACAUAUUGCCCUACUACGUUUGCCCCCACUAUCGUUGUUUUCCGUCCUUAUUUUUUAAUAUUCGGCCGUGAGUUGAUAAUUAAAAUUUCUCAUUCGUUUUUUUAUUUUUUUAACGAUAAGGUAGGAGUUUGUAAUAUAGUUAUUUAUAUGUUUCAAUAAUUACUUAAAAUAUUGACCAUCUUGAGUGUAUUUAUUUUAUUUGUUGGUCAAUUAUGUAGUAUUAUAUAGUAUGUGCACAUUUAAUAAUAUUGUGCCAAUGUAGACAAAUUGUAUUGUCUUAAUAGAGAAGAAAAUCAUAAUUGUUUUAGCAUUUAACAUAAUGGUACCUAAUCCGUUCAAGAACAAUUAUUAUUAUAUACUAUAGAUACAAUUGUUGGAAAAUAAGAACUAUAAUUUACUAUAUAGACUUAUUGCCAUGAAAUAGUUAUGUUAGUUUUGUUCUAAUGAUUGUUUUGAUUAGGUGUAGUAUUUUACUCCAUAUAUGUUUAGUGUAUAAUAAACCAAUAGUUAAUAUUAUGUAAGUAUAUUUUUCACAAUAAAAGUGUUUACCACCACCUUUUUUCAUUCAUACCCUAGAAAUUACUUAAAAAUGAUUAAUACUUAAUUAGCAAUAUUAAAUUAAUUAAAUAUUGGUCAUAGUUUUAAAAAAAUUAAUUGAACACCUAGAUAGCUGUUUUUUAAUAUUUAUUUAGUUUACAUGAACAAGCUCAAAAAUGA